AUGACCAUGAGCACGAUGCGAGGCUUCGCCACCGCAUUGGUGAGGCACGCCUAUCCUGGGCUCGGAGGCAUUGAGGCCGGGAAACACGCAACCAGAAAGGCCAUCCGCAGCUCUGCCCCUGCUGGGAUCCGGGGCGCGCGCACAAUUGCAAGCGCCGCCGAGCUCAUGAAGGACUCCAAAAUAAUCAGCCCGUACCUUAACCAGGCUCCAUGCGAGGUUACGACGCUCAAAAAUGGACUUCGCGUUGCCUCUGUGUGGAUGCCAGGCAACUCGUCCACAGUCGGCGUAUGGAUCGACAGCGGCAGCAGAUUCGAAACCCCUGAGACGAACGGAGCAGCCCACUUCCUCGAGCACAUGAUAUUCAAGGUGAGUAGAAGCUGGCGGAGUGGCAUAUGUGAGCAGGGUACCUCUAACAGGACGAGGAUUCAACUGGAGGAGGAAAUCGAACAGAAGGGAGCGCACCUAAAUGCUUACACUGCGAGGGAACAGACAGGUUACUACGCCAGAUGCUUCAACAAAGAUGUCGCAUGGUGCACGGAGCUACUCAGCGACAUCCUGCAGAACAGCAAGAUCGAACAAUCCCAAAUGGAGGCCGAAAAGCACGUCAUCCUCAGAGAAAUGGAGGAGGUCGAGAAGUCAACUGAGGAGGUUAUAUUCGACAGGCUCCACAUGACGGCGUUCCGCGACAGCCCCUUGGGUUUCACAAUAUUGGGCCCCAUCGAAAACAUCAAGAACAUGAAGAGGGAGUAUUUGGUGGACUAUAUACAGCGGAACUACACUGCGGAUCGCAUGGUUUUUUGCUACGUCGGAAGUGAGGAGCACGACAAAAUCGUACAGCUUGCCGAAAAGCACUUGUGCACCAUACCGUCCGGACACGGUGAAAGGCCCCUGGAAAAGCCGCACUUCGUAGGGUCAGAACUGCUCAACAGGAACGACAACAUGGGUCCGCACGCCUACCUGGCCGUUGCCUUCGAGGGAGUGUCCUGGACCAACCCCGACUCCAUAUGCUUCAUGCUCAUGCAAAGCAUCAUCGGCAGCUACAAGAAGAGCCAGGAGGGCCUCGUCCCCGGGAAGGUGUCCGGGAACAAGACGGUGCAUGCAGUAGCCAACCGGAUGACGGUCGGAUGCGCGGAGGCAUUCAGCGCUUUCAACACUUGCUACAAGGACACCGGUCUUUUCGGCUUCUACGCGCAGUGUGACGAAGUCGCUAUCGACCACUGCGUCGGAGAGCUCAUGUUCGGAAUCACCGCGCUAUCGUACAGUGUCACUGACGAAGAGGUCGAGCGCGCAAAGCGCCAGCUCAUUAUGCAAUUCCUCGCGAUGAACGAUUCGACGUCAACCGUCGCUGAGGAAGUUGCGCGCCAGCUCAUCGUCUACGGCAGGCGCAUGCCUAUUGCGGAGUUCCUCAUCAGGCUGGAGAAAAUCGACGCUGAGGAGGUCAAGCGGGUGGCAUGGAAGUACCUGCACGACCAGGAGGUGGCAGUGACGGCGAUGGGACCGCUGCACGGCAUGCCUUCACUCAUCGACGUCAGGCAGAAGACGUACUGGCUGAGGUACUGA